ACAAACAGAGAGGGACACACGUUAGCAUUUAGCGGCUAAGUGACCAAAACAUUGACAUUAAUAUUGAUUUAUGCCAACUAAACGCUGCAAGUACUGACUAUAUUUAACUUUUUAUUGCAUCUACACAACCUCAUAAGACCACACGCCUGGACAGACGUGAAUUCCGGUAGAAGUUGACGGAGUGUGGAGGUUGUUUAGCUCGACAUCUCUGCGCUCAAACUAGCUGAAAGCUUUGUGAUUGAGCUGGAGGAAGACCGAUAUGAAAUCCGCUGAGAAAUACUGAAAAAUCAGUUCUCACCUGACUCGGGAUGUGGUGUCGGGGUCGCUGCCCAUGCUCUCGGACGAUCCUCUUCCUGUAGCACAGUGUCCCCUGCUGAUGGCGUUGUACCGGGGGAAGAGGAGGAGGAACGCCGCCGAGCUGCUGGUCCGGAGGAGCAUGGACAGCAGGGAGGCUGGGACUCUGCUCAGACACAACAUGAACAUCCUCAGAGGAAUCCUCCUCCAGGACAACAGGAAGUUUGUCAAAGUAUGGACCAAGACCUCCAAAUCCCCAAUAAUGUACGAGAAUGGUAAUAUAUACUUUGAAAACUACCUGAACUGCUACAGCUGUCUUCACACAGAGCCACGUAAUUUGUACAAACUACCAAAGAGGUCCAAACAGGAGAAAAUUGAAGAUGUCUUGCUGUGUCAAAGCCCACUUGAGAAAACCUUAUCAUCCCCAUCUGACCAUAAGCCCAGCAUCCUGGCUUUGACGGCCAGUAACUGGCUUUAUCGCCUUUCAGCCGACACAGGAGAAGAGCUACAGAAAGUUUACCUCUCUCCCAAGUGUAAAUUCAAGUAUCUUUUCUGGAAUGAUUCUCAGGAGACAUUUUUCAUAAAGUCUAUUCAGACCAAAGAAACACCUCUAGAAAGACAGGCAGGUAUCUCUCACAACUUCAUGAUGCACCUGGCCAUUUUUCAUGUCUCCCCCUUGCAACCUGUGGGCAUUUUGGAGAUCAGUAAAAAGGCAUUUGGAAAUGGCGUUGUAGAUGUUGUUCUGUCUCAAAGUCUCCUCGCAGUUACCUACAGGAACAAGUCAGUGAAGAUGUAUAGCUGGGAGCACAUUCAGCAAAUGUAUUUGACAGAGAAGUUGUCACUUGGAAAGCCCAGUGCGCUGCUUGGAAACCACACAGUGGGAGACAUGCCGUUUGGUAUUCCAGUAAAUAUUCAGAUUACAGGUUCCCUUCCGGUCCUGUUUGAGGUGUCGUGUUUUGACAGCGGUGUUCACGUCGGAGGCCACCCGUGGCACUACAUCUACACACCUCCACAGAAAACCCACCGAGGGACUCACCACAUCCGUUCACUCAGGGACGGCACCAUGGCCAUAAAUGGAAUCCAGAACAUGGACUGCUGCUCUUUGGAGAGCGACAGCAUCCUCUUCCAUCCCGAUGACUCAGGAAGAAUCAUCCAUUUUGGACCGACCACAAUAAAUGUCCUCAGAAUCCGCGGUGAGCUGGACAGUUCUUCGCCAUCAGAGGUAGUGGAGGACUUCUCAAUGCAAAUCAAGCGCAAAAGUCCCACUCCAGACGUCACAGUCACCUCAUCAGGCCGGACAGUGAAGAAAAGAUUUAAUCAGCUGGAUGAUGACCCAUGUCAAGAGACGUUCCGAAUGGUGGUGUACGAGAACGAGAUUGACCUCCUGGCGGUUGUGAUCACCAACGGCGUGGACGGAGAGGGCAGAGCUCAGGUUCAGCUCCGUGACAACCACAGCGGGCAGAUAUGGCGGGCCGUCGAUCUGGAGGAGCUGUGGGACGAGACUUUUCAACACGAGUUAUUCUUCGACAGAGACACCAUCGUUCACGUGGAACAGAAGAACGCGAACUUCUGCUGCCAUGUGUACAAACUCGUCACCAUUAAAAAAUAGCUGCAGAUGUUGAGUCUAUUACUUUUGAUUGUUGCAAUUUUAUUCAUAUCUUUUACAUUGUAAUUACACUUCUGUGGCAUUUUUUUGUACUUGAAUUUCUUAGAAUAAAAUGUUACUUUUUUCAAGUU